AUGUGGGCUGGAUCGCUUUUACUCUGCCUCGCCAGCCUUGGCGCAACCCGUGAUAUCAUCUUCCCUCCGGUCUCUGGGAUAGAUCGUACACCUGGGCAGGCACCUCUUCUGUUGCAGAGCGAGGACAAUGAUGAUGAUGUCGACCUAACCACCGAUGCCGUAGGUGGGCUGACCUCCUUCGGCCACCUGCCAUAUGUACCUUGUUUUGCUGCCAAGACCGACGAGGAUACUGGCAGCUACGACAUAGCCGUCCUGGGAGCACCUUUUGACACCGCAACAUCGUACAGACCUGGGGCGCGAUUCGGACCACAUGGAAUCCGCGAUGGCUCACGGAGAAUUCGAGGACCGCACUCAUGGAAUGUGUACUCGAGGCAGAACUCCUUUGAGGAUUGGGCUAAGAUUGUUGACUGCGGUGAUGCUCCUUUGACUUUCGUGGACAACACGGUGGCUUUGAAACAGCUUGUGAAGGCUUACAAGAUCACAUCCGGGCGCACGGCUAACAAUGCGUCCAUCGCCAAGACGCCUCGCGUCCUGAUGCUGGGUGGCGAUCAUACCGUCACACUGGCUGCUCUGCGAUCAACUAUUAAUCAUUGGGGUAUCGUGAACGUGAUUCACUUCGACUCGCACAUCGACACGUGGAACCCAAGAGUUCUUGGUGGAGGGGUUACGGAUUACGCAUCUGUAAAUCACGGCACGUUCCUUCAUAUCGCUCACGAGGAAGGUCUGAUAUCGAACGACUCUUCCAUUCAUGCUGGAAUUCGGGCGCCACUAGGAACCAGAGAUAGAGAUCUAAACAACGACGUCCAAUGUGGCUUUGAGAUUGUCACUGCCCGUGACAUCGACGAGCUUGGGCCGAAGGGAGUCAUCAAGAAACUCAAGGACAGAGUGGGCGAGGGGAAUGUCUACAUCACGGUAGACAUCGAUGUCUUGGACCCUGCCUUUGCACCAGCUACCGGCACCGCCGAGCCCGGCGGCUGGACUACCCGUGAACUACUGACUAUUCUCGAUGGCUUGGUUGGUAUGAAUAUUAUCGGAGCGGACGUGGUCGAAGUUGCGCCUGUAUAUGAUAACAACGGCGAGACUACUUGCCUAGCUGCUGCAGAGGUUGCAAGAAGCCUGAUCGGACUGAUGGUAGCCAAGCCUGUUGUCCCAAUUCGAUAA